AUGGCUACAUAUUCAGUAGAGGUUCCAGGAUUUGGAGCAAUUCAGUUUUCUCUUUGGGCUUUGUGUAAUCUUUUACUUUUUGUAAAUAAUGCAGGAGCAACAAUAUAUAAGGAAACUAAAGAUUUCACAGUAGAAGAUUACGACAUCAUAAUGGGAACUAAUUUUGAAGCUACUUAUCAUUUAUGUCAAAAUGCUUAUCCCUUAUUGAAGGCAUCUGAAAAUGGCAAUGUUAUUUUUGUCUCUUCAAUUGCUAGCUUUUCAGCUCUGCCUUCUCUGUCUCUUUAUUCUGCUUCCAAAGGAGCAAUAAAUCAACUGAUAAAGAAUUUGGCAUGUGAGUGGGCCAUGGACAAAAUUCGUGUUAAUACAGUUGCACCAGCAGUAAUUUUAACCCCACUUAUUGAACAAUCGAUAAAGAAUCCUGUGCAAAAAGAAGAAAUUGACAAAUAUAUUGUUCGAACUCCUAUUGGUCGACCUGGAAAGCCCAAAGAAGUUUCUGGCAUAAUAGCCUUCCUAUGCUUCCCUGCUGCUUCAUAUAUCACAGGCCAGAUUAUAUAUGUUGAUGGUGGAUUCACUGCUAAUGGAUUUUAAUUAGAGAAAUCACAGACCAAAUUAUAUAUGUUGUUUCUUUUCUUUUGGAUUUCUUACGCUAAGCCUUAUCAUUCAUAAGUUUGUUGAAUACUGUGUGACGGUUUGUAUAUACUUGGUACUAUUAUUGAGCUA